AUGGUGUGGGACAAAGGGACGCACCCCUCUCGCCUUCGCGAGGUUUGUCAAGACAUUGAUCACUUCUUGGACCAUUCCCUGGACCUGAACCCACAGGAGAAGAGCCAAAGCACUGAGUCUAAACCUGCUUCAGGAUCCAUAUCGCUGAGAGGGCCGUCUUUGGAAGUGCAAAGGCUGUUCAGCUUGAAUCAAUGCUUGCAGCAAGAGGUAGAAGAGAUGCGCCGGGCCAUGAGAGAAUCUCCAUGCCCUGCUGCCAUUGGCCAAGACUCGCAGGAUUGCCGCAAAAAGAGACGGGUCAGUGAGGUGGAGGAUGAGCUGGCUCAGUUGCGGCGGGAGAAAGAUGCGUUGGCGUUGGAUCUGCAAGAGACCAGGGAGCGUUGCCAGCGCGAGCUGAAGGCAGUCCAGCUAUCUUCUGAGGAGUACCGGAGAGACUGCCAGCAAAAGGAGAGCAUCAUUGCCAGGUUGGAGUCUCAAAUUGACGCAAGGCUGCCACCUCCGCAUCCUCAGAACGAGCCAGUUCGCGACUCACGAACUGCAGAGCUGGAGGAAGAAGUGCUUGCUCUUCGAAUGCUUCUCAAAGAAUGGUGCCCAGAGCAUGGCCUGGCUUCACAGUUGCGCUCAAAGCAUCUUGUUCUGGAGAAACAAUUGCACGAAUCCCAAGCUGCUGAGAAAGAAUUGGCCUUGGCUCGUCAGAAGGCUUUGACCCUGGAGCAGGAGAAUGCAUCUUUCAGGGCGGCUCUGGAGGUCAGUGAGCUCGCAUUGAAGGACUUGAAGGGCACAGCAACGGAAUGCACAAGUGCCCGAAAAGACCUGGCUGGCCAUCAAGGUGUUGCGGCUGAAAUCAUUCAAGCGGCCCAGUCAUUGUUUGAUUUUGAAGCAGCAGAACCAACGCCGAUGAAUUUGAGGCUUGCAUGGUCUCAGCUUCAAUCAAGCUGGGCAAAAGACACGCACAGGAAUAUGCAGCUGCAACGCCAGCUUGAUGCUGCGGCAGAGCAACACAAGAAAAUGCAAGCAGAGGUGAGCAAGCUUCGGGCUGAGAUGCAUUGUGAAGAAACUCAGCAGAGAGAGGCCAAGCGAAAGCUCCAAGAAUCCAACGAUGCAAUUCAAAACUUGAGCGCGCAGAACUCAGUGCUGCGUGAUGCGCUUGCAGGAAAGGGUGAAAACCCCCCUCCCAGCAGUGUUAUGGAAUCUGUGCAGCAAAUCCAGACAAGCGCCUCAGAAGGGAGUUCACAAGCCGUUGACGCUUUGAAGAAGGAUGUCCAAUCACUUCGCGCUGAAGUCUGCAGGCUGCUGGAUGUGGAAAGCAAGGCAAAGAAAUUGGAAAGAGUGAAUGCAGAGUUGUGGCAAGCAAACAAGGAGCUUGAAAAGAAGACCAUGGAAAAGGAUGAACCGGAUGAAGUGGGCACAGUGGGCAUGGGCACAGGUGACUUUGACUCUCGAAGCACCAAAGUACUACACCUUCUGCGAGGGCCGUUAGGCCAGGGCUGGCAAGGCUCGAGGUGCGAGCUCAGCUCGCAAUUGCAAGCCGGAAGCGGAGAUUUGGAGCAGCAGCAGGCUGCUCGCCAGCUGGAGCGCUACAAGAAGGCCAUGAAGAAGUACGUGCAGGAAUUCAGAGAGGGCCUCUAUCAUUUGUUAGGAUGGAAAGUUGAGAUGAGAGGUGAUGGAACUUCUCUAAGAUGGCAUCUUACUUCACGAUAUCAAGAAGGUCAGGAGUUGGUUUUCCAGCUAAGGCCUGCCCAGACCGGUCUGCCGGCUGAAUUUGAUUUGCUAGGAACGCCUUGGGCGGAACAGCUACAGAGCGACCGCCAAGCAAUGGCAUAUUUGGAAGUCUACAGCUCGAUUCCGGGCUUUCUGGCUCAUGUGACCGCAGACCGCCUAGCACAGCAAACGUUCACACGAUAA